CCCCGGCUGCCGAGAUGCCCGGGGUCGGCCCGCGCCCCGAGUCCCCCGAGGAGCCGCCCGCGCAGGAGGUCCUUCUUCUCGCAGCUGCCUAUGUUUCUGAUGCCCAGUACAACAGGAACGUUCCCUUUGAAACAUCCCCUCGGGCUAUCAGACGUUACUACUUUUAUAACAACUGGACAAUGCGAGUAGCCAUAUACUUCUUUAUCUGUGUAGACCUUUCUCUUGCCCUGUUUGAAGAACCUGCAUUGUUUCCACUGCCUUUCUUGGCCACCUCCGUAGCAGAAGUGAUCUGCCUGACUGCAUUCUGUGGAAGGCUGGUGCAUUUUGCGAGUAUCACUUCUCGAGUGGUUUUCUGGAAGGAUACGAAAAACAUCUGCAUUAUGGUCACCAUUGUGCUGACCUUGAUCGAUCUGAUUAUCUAUGGGUCCCUGGAAGCUGUUCACAUCCAUGGUGUUCGGUGGUCAAGGGCCUUGAGGCCAGUCUUCCUGAUUAGCUGCCCUGAAAGUCGUCAGAUCCGGAGGGCUUUCCGAAGCAUCCGGAACACUCUGCCGGACAUCCUCUAUGUCUUCCUCCUGUUUCUGUUCAGUGUGCUUGUGUUCUCCCUCAUGGCCUUGAAGCUUUUUGGGGACAGGGGUCUGAGAACUGCAGAAGGUGCUCCCUACUUCACGAACAUUCUGGAGAUAGCAUUUGAGCUCUAUGUGCUGGUCACUACAGCAAACAGCCCUGAUGUCAUUUCAUUACGGGGUCCCUCUGACACUCAGCGUUGCAAGAUGGAUAGAAAUGUAUCCCCCUGCCUGAGUGCACAUCCAGGCCACAGUGCUGAUUCCCUGAUGCCUGCCUAUAACGUCAAUUGGUGGUAUUCUUUGUAUUUCAUAACCUACAUCAUCAUCAAUACCUACAUCUUCAUGUCCGUCUUCCUGGCUGUAGUCUACAACAAUUACAGGAAGCAUUUAAAGAAUGAGAUCCGCAAAUUGGCAUACCUGAAACGUCACAAAAUGAUAGAGGCGUUCAACCUUCUAAAAGUCCAGGUGGGCACAGAGUUUGUGGUGAAGGAGGCCACAUGGAGGCAGCUGGCAAAGGUGGUGGCUCCAGACAUCAGUAGCUCCCACCUGGAGCUCCUUUUGAGGAUCUCUGAUGAGGGACAGAAGGGACAUGUGGAUAAAAUGAAUUUUCUCCGUUUGGCUGACCUCCUCAACAUCCAAGUGGUCACUGUCAACAUCAAGAGACAUCCACUGGAAUCCUGGGUACCAUGGAUCUACCAAUCUUCUGCAAGUCUUCUGGUCCAGAGGAUGGUUAGGCACAGAAUUUUUGUCUGGAUUUAUGAUAUCAUCAUUCUAAUCAACGCCAUAUUCAUUGCUCUGGAUGAGAAAAAUCCCUUUAUUUCCUGCGCAGAAUGGCUUUUCCUUUCUCUCUAUGUCAUGGAGAUUCUCCUGAAGCUGUACACAUAUGAGCCCACAGCCUACUUUGGAAGGAGGCAGUUUUGGAACUGGUUUGACACAUUGAUCAUCAUUGCAGCCCUGGUGGCCACUGUGACCAAUACCAGCAUUCAAUCAGCAAAAAAAUACAACAGCCAGCAGAUACUGGACAUUGUUCUGAUACUGAGAAUUCUGCGACUCCUAAGGGUCAUUGUGAGCGUUCAGAGAUUUCGAGUGAUAGUGACCACUUUAAUGAACAUUGGCCCCACCAUGCUCACGUUUGGAGGACUUGUCUUUGUGGUCUACUAUGCGUUUGCUGUCAUUGGGAUGGAAAUGUUCCAUAGCAAAGUCCAUUUUUUUGACCCAAAUUUCACCACUCCUGAUGCUCUGGUGUGUGGGAAUCCAGCCUUAAAGGGGUCAGCUUUUGCCCGAGAUAGGUACUGUAAGAACAACUUCAAUGACCUUGCUUCGUCCUUCAUUGUGCUGACAGAGCUCACGGUGGUAAACCAGUGGCAUGUCCUGGCAGGUGGCUUCGCCCUGGUGACCCACCAGGCUGCAAAGCUGUACUUUAUCCUGUUCCAUGCUGUGGUCGUCAUCCUCGUCGUUAAUAUUUUCAUAGCAUUCAUCUUGGAGGCCUUCUUUGUGGCAUAUUCACUAGAAAAAAGUGACAUUGAAACUGCAAUUGAGAAGAAGAUUCAAGAGCUGGGAGUGGGGGUCCAAGAGGAAGACGUGAAGGACAGGAAGCUCACCGAGAACAUGGAUACCAAGGAUGGCAGCUUCAGCAGGGAGGAUGGAGACAGGAGGAGGACGGCCUUGAAAGGACUGUACUGCAGAAUUGCAUCCAAAAAGUACAGGACCGUGGAUGCCUUGCUGCAGCGGAUGUUUGAGUCUGAAAUUGCUCCUGAAGAUGAAGGCCCUUCCUUGGAUGAGAUUCUAAACCUGUCACCUAGUGACAUAUAUCCCAAGAGCCCCAAUUUUGAGAACAGUGCAUGAUCCUGGGCUUGCAAGGAUCCACAGCUGGACACCCACUUCUCAGCCCCAAUUAAAAAAAAAAAAGAUGAAGCCAUCUUUAUUUCCACAUGCUAGGUGAUGAUUCCUUCAGCCCAGGCUGCCUUUUGUAUUUAAAUGAGCUUGUGAAUAAGCUUCAUUCACCCUACAGAUAUGUUCUUAGAUAUGAUCAUGAAAGCAAAGGCAAGAAAGCUGAUGAGCUGCAGCCACCUGGCUGGAGGAGAUGUCACUGGGCAGAUCUUAAGGUGUGGUGGUGGGUUUGGGAUUUCAGUCUAAAGAUAUGCAAAGUGUGCCUAGCUGGAGUUCCUGAAGCGUGCUGUGCUGUGUCACUUUUGGUCUGUGCUUCUCUCUCUCUGCUUGGACCUGUGAAGGCAGGCCAGCUUCUUCUACCAUUUAUGGAACUUCCCCUGGAUCUGUAAGCUUCAAUAAAUA